ACCACUCUCGAGUUUGACAAAACCAAGCGCCUUUCGUCGAGCACUUGGAGUGCGCAAAUUUUAACCGCGGCUUUUGCUUGAGAACUUUGGAGCAGACCCAAUUCCAUCUCGUAUCUAACUAUCUAUCGUCGCUAAUACACUGCACGGCACCAUGUUUGGCUCUCAACCUUCUUCAUCUCCCUUCGGAACCCCUUCUUCAACCCCAGCAUUCGGUACCCCAUCUUCUACCCCUGCCUUUGGUACCCCAUCUUCUACCCCACCCUUCGGUACCCCAGGUUUUGGAACCCCAUCAUCAACGCCAGCAUUUGGGUCUUCUUCUACACCCUCCUUUGGCACUGGCUUUGGUUCUUCCCUUUUCUCCACGCCAUUUUCUUCUCAACAACAACAACAACAGCAACAGCAGCAACAACAGACUCCGCUGUUUCAACAACAAGCAGCUUCUGGUUUCGGGUUUCAGAAUUCUCUGGGAGCACCUCAACCCACCCCAUUCCCAAAUGCUCAAUUGACUACUCAGAUGGCUAACGUAGCUUCCGUUCCUUUCUCUCUCGCCGAUCGUGAUGUUCAAGCAAUCAUUGAUGCUUACAAGGAAGAUCCUGGAAACCCUAAGUACGCUUUUAAGCAUUUGUUAUUCAGUGUUACUGAACCACAGUUUAGGGUGAAGCCUGCUGGUGUUUCAGACAUCAUGUGGGCAGAGGCUAUGGGGAAGCUUGAAGGUAUGAAGAGUGCUGAUAGAGAACGUCUGUGGCCACAACUUGUUCAGGGUUUUAAGGAUCUUUCACAACGCCUUAAGAUCCAAGAUGAAGUCAUUGUAUCUGAUGCAGAGAGAUUACGUAUAACCCAAAGCAAUGUUAAAAUGCUCCAAAGACAUUUUCAAGCUGAUACUCUUCCCUGGAUUCAAAGACUGAAACAGAAAGAACAAAAUCUCCAGCAACGUCUUUUAAGAGUAAUGAGAAUAGUGGAGGCGUUGGAGGGAAAAGGCUGCCGUAUACCCUUAACAAAAGGGGAAGCUGAACUCGCUGAGAAAUUAGCCACAAUAACUAGACAGCUGAAAGGAUCUGGAGCGGAACUAUCUAGAAGGGUACAAAAUCUACUAACUACAUCGCGUGUUCAGGCUAAUAGCAAUGGAUUUGGUGGCUCCGUUUAUCUUCCGGGGUCAACCAAAAUUCAUGAACAGAGUCUAGCUGACCUGCAGGAGGUUUUACAGCAGCAGAUGGAGGCCAUAGCAAGACUUGGCAGUGUUCUGAAGCGAGAUAUACGAGAUAUGGAGAUUAUGAUGGUCGAUGACACAGGGACAACUGAAAAUGGGAUUUAAUCUGAAGCCUUCUUGCGUCUUAUUCCCAUUUUAGUUUCUUUUGGUGCAUAUUUUAUUUUAAAUUAUUGUUGAUUUGCUUUUAUUUAUAUUUGUUUUGAAUCUACCAUGAUUUGGUAAUUAGUGAGCACAUCAACAGUUUCUAGUGAAACUUCUUUUGGCCUGAUCGGCUUAGUAUUUUUCUUGAUCCAUUUGUGC